AUGCGGCCGGAGACGGAAGCCUUGCUCCAGACGCAAGGAAGAGAGAGGACAGUAGACUCAGUAGACGCAGCCUGCACAUCCUAUGGUCCAGGUCUGCAUUUGGUUCAAUUGCCUGAUCUUCAGCGCCAGUUCCUUCUGUCUGUGCCUGAAGACUUUGCACCGGGUGGCGUCCCUUUGGUCCUAGCAUUCCACGGCUUCUCAGACUCGCCGUGGUAUACGAAUGUUAUGAUGGGCCUCUCGAAGAAGCUCGCAAGAUAUGGUUGGCUAGGCAUCUUGCCGUUUGGUACGAAUACAUCUCGCAGCAAUGGCAUGAGCGGCGUGGGAGCGUGUUGUCCUCCCGAAUGUCAAGACGAGUGCUGCAUGGAAGGUAAGCACCUUAAUCAAAAGGACGACUCUGCCUGCGGCUGGCGGGACAUGCAGCAAGAUUUAGGGUUUGUGCAGGCUCUCUUAAUGUGGGCGCAGCUGAAUACCUGUGCAGACAUGAACAAGGUUUUUGCCACUGGCUUCAGCAAUGGAGGGCAGUUUACCAACUACCUAGCUUGUCAUGCCUCGGAUCUCUUCCGGGCUUUUGCACCUAUCUCUGGGGAUCUGGUCGACUUCACGUGCGAAGCAAAGCGCCCCAUCUCCUACAUCAGCAUGUGCGGCUCUUCGGAUGAUGAGGCCUUCUGCCAGCCGACCUUCGUAGGCACGGCCGCCAGCUGGAGCUCUCGCAGUAAAUGUGAGGGUGCAGGUAUCGAGGGUGCGAAAAUUUUCAACUUCUCUGCCACGACCUCGUGCUUGAUGUGGGAAUCCUGCGAAGCGCAGAACUUCGUGGAGGUUUGCUCCACCCAAGGCCUCGGCCACGAUGCCAGCGGCCACUUAAGGCCCGAUGGCACCAGCAUCCUCCGCCCCGAAAGCGAUCUUGACAUCGUUGGCUACACUUUGCAGAAGUUCUCCAUGCUCGUGGAUGGGAGCAUCCUUUUCUGGGGCCACCCGACAGCCGAGGAGUUAGCCUACAAAGAGUCCUCCUGGCCGCCCCCGACGCAUGACGAUCACAUCGACAUCCGCAACGGCUCUUUGAACACGGCCUAA